AUGCUUGGUGUAGGUGCAGCGAAUGACGAAAUACGGUCCAUGGUCCUCUCUGGACUAGCCGGAGCACUUGCGGGUGCAUGUAGCACGGCUGUCGUCGAGUUCGUUUCUGUUUCGACCCAAAGAGACAUUGAAAAGGCUUCGAAAACCGACAUAACCCUGUGCCUAGAUGAUGUCGGAAAGACCCAAAAAAUGUCCCCUGUUAUAAUUCUAGACCCGAAUUUGCCCCAAGGUCUGUCUCCUGGCAAGUCUCCUAUAGUAACUAAAGCAGUGGUAACAUUGAUGCAAGAUGAUGACAAGGGAAAUGCACUGCCUAACCCGUAUAAGGCCGCUUCUGCAUCGGCUUUGGCAUUUCUAAUUGAGAAGACAGUAGACAUAUAA